GGGGUUAUAAUGUCAAAAUAAAAACAACAAAAACAAAAACAUUAUUUCAAAUAAAUAACAAUUUGUACAGUAUUUAGCCAUUAUUUAAAUAUAUAAUGAUGAACACUUAUUUUGAGUGCAGAACUUGCUUAGAAAGUGUAGCUGAAAAUAUUAUAAUCAAUUUAGAAACUAAAAUAUUUGAUGAAAAAAAUCUCACUCAAGCAAUAGAAGAAUUUGCUGAUAUUCAGAUAUCUGAAUACGAUACUUUGCCUAAACAAAUAUGCCAAAACUGUUUCAAAACACUGGAAUCUUCUAUAUACUUCCGAAAUCAGAUAAUAUCUUCAGAUGAGCAACUAAAAAAACGUUUAAGUACUUCGGUUUGUAUAAACGGUGAAGGACCAUUCUCGUCUUCCUUACCACCAGCACACAAUGGUUUUAAAUAUGACGUGAAUAGUUUUAAAGUUGAACAAUUUGAAAAAAAAGAAAAUAGAAAUGAAACUGAACAUUUAUUAGAGGAAGAAGUGGAUAUAUCUUUAAAAGAGGAGAUAAAAGGAGAAGAUGCUGAAAAAAGUCUCAAAUCAAACGAAUCAAGAGAUAGUUGUGGUGACCAGAAUGAUUUUGGGACUAAUAAAAGUUCAUCAGAUGAAGAAUUUAUUGAAGAAUCAUUAUAUAAAACGUUAAAGAAAAUGCCAUUAAGAAAUAAGAGGUCUGUCACAAGAUGGAAACAAGAUGAAAGACAAGCGCAAGACACAUCUGACGACAGUGACUCUGAUAUACCAUUAGAAAGUCUAAAAAGAGAACUAAAAGAUCUCGGGAAUAAUAUUACUAGCACUAGAAAAAAAAGAAAAACAAAAGAUACACUAGAUACUCCACGUCUAUGUCCAAUAUGUGGUAAAUUGUUUAAAGCCAGACAGAAUUUUAACUCCCAUAUGACAACAGUUCAUAGGAAAAAGCCUACAAAAGCAGAAAAAAUAAGUUGUUUAUGUCCAGACUGUGGUAGAGUUAUAUCAGGAACAAGACAAAACUUUGUAGCGCAUAGAAGGUAUCAUCAUUCAGAUAAGGCUCAAGUAAAGAAGAGAUUCUCAUGUGAUAUCUGUCCGAAGAGAUUCUACAGAGAAAAGAAUUUGGUGAUCCACUUACGAAUACAUAAAGGUGAAAAAGGUUAUGUCUGUGAUUUGUGUCCCGAUAAAGCAUAUACUCAAAUAGGUGGUCUUAUACUGCAUAAAAGAAAAGUUCACUUGAAAAAACCGUCUUGUACUUGUAAUUAUUGUGGGAAACAGUUUUACGAGAAACAUUACUUAGAAACACAUAUUAGGCAGUGGCAUACAGGUGAAAGGCCGUUUUCUUGUGAAAUUUGUGGGAAAUCGUUUAGUUGCAACGGUACACUUUUGAGGCACCGAAAAGACAGUCACGGUGAAAAACAACCGUGUCCCAAAUGUGGGAAAAUGUACACCGAAGGCGAGUUGAGAAAGCAUUUGAAAAGACACAAAAUUCGCGAAGAAGGGAUCAAGAGAAAAAAAUUCACUUGUGAAUACUGUGGAACUGAAAUGAAUUUUACUUCUAGAAAAAGGCAUUUGUUGAAACAGCAUGGAAUAAUGCUUAGAGGAAGAGGAGAAACCGCAGAAAGAGUUCCAGUGAAUCGCCCCAAUGCCAUGUAGAGAGUUUCAAGUCUGAAUUUAUAUUUUUUCGGUAGUUUUAAGAAGCUUAAAAAUCUCAAUACGUACUCAGUAUUGCCAUUAGUGAAUUUGGUUACUUAAAUUUACAUUUAAGUUUUAUUUAAUGUGCAUUUACAUUUUUAUUUACAAUUUAUUUAUUCAAAUUUACUUUUAUCACAAUGGACUGUGCUUUUAUAGUCUUUGGUGCUUUUUAUACAUAAAAUUUUCAUUAAAAUUCACUGUAUUUGUGUA